AUGUCUGAAGGAAAGGUAAAGCCGUCUACUCCAGUAGUAGCAGAAGCUCAUGAUGUCGACACUUUCCAUCCCCCGCAAAAGAUGUUUGACAAGCAUCCAAGCAAACCCCAUUUGAGCGGACUCGACGAAUACAAGAAACUCUACGAUGAAUCGAUUAAAGAGCCCAACAAGUUCUGGGGAAGAAUGGCCCGUGAACUUCUCACCUGGCAAAAGGAUUUCGAGACUGUACACAGCGGAUCAUUCGUUGGCGGUGACAAUGCUUGGUUCUUGGAGGGUCAACUAAACGCUUCAUACAAUUGUGUUGAUCGUCAUGCGAUCAAGAACCCAGACAAGCCAGCUAUCAUCUACGAAGCCGAUGAGGCUAGCGAUGGUCGCACCCUUACAUAUGCUGAACUUCUGCGAGAAGUUUGCAAAACCGCGUAUGUUCUCAAACAAAUGGGUGUCAAGAAAGGAGAUACUGUUGCGAUCUAUUUGCCUAUGAUUCCAGAAGCUGUUAUUGCUUUCUUGGCUUGUUCACGUAUCGGUGCAGUUCACUCCGUAGUCUUUGCUGGUUUCUCGUCCGAUUCUCUCAGGGAUAGAGUUAUUGAUGCUCAAUCGAAAGUUGUUAUUACUUCCGAUGAAGGCAAGCGUGGUGGAAAACUCAUUGGCACAAAGAAGAUUGUGGAUGAUGCACUGAAACAAUGUCCCGAUGUCACACACUGCCUGGUUUACAGACGUACCGGUGCGGAUGUUCCAAUGACCAAAGGACGUGAUUGGUGGUGGCAUGAGGAGGUCGAGAAAUGGCCAUCUUACAUUGCUCCAGAGCCAAUGAACUCCGAGGAUCCAUUGUUCUUACUCUACACUUCUGGAUCAACUGGAAAACCCAAGGGUGUUAUGCACUCAACAGCUGGGUAUCUUUUAGGUGCGGCAGCUACUGGAAAGUAUGUUUUCGAUAUCCACGACUCAGAUAAAUUCUUCUGUGGUGGUGAUGUCGGAUGGAUUACUGGUCACACAUAUGUAGUUUACGCCCCUCUUCUUCUUGGUGUUGCGACUGUUGUGUUCGAAGGAACUCCAGCAUACCCAGAUUUCUCCAGAUAUUGGGAUGUCAUUGAGAAGCACGAGGUCACACAAUUCUAUGUAGCGCCUACAGCACUCAGAUUAUUGAAGCGUGCCGGUGAUCAACAUGUCAAGGCACAGAUGAAGCACUUGAGAGUUUUGGGAUCAGUUGGUGAACCAAUUGCUGCCGAGGUCUGGAAGUGGUAUUUUGAGAUUGUUGGAAAGGAAGAAGCUCACGUUGUUGACACCUACUGGCAAACUGAGACUGGUUCCCACGUUAUUACUCCUCUCGCAGGUGUCACUCCUACUAAGCCUGGUAGUGCAUCGCUCCCAUUUUUUGGUAUUGAGCCUGCGAUUAUCGACCCUGUCUCCGGAGAAGAAAUUCACGGAAAUGAUGUCGAGGGUGUACUGGCUUUCAAGCAACCAUGGCCCAGUAUGGCUCGUACCGUUUGGGGUGCACACAAGAGAUAUAUGGACACCUAUUUGAACGUCUACAAGGGAUACUACUUCACCGGUGAUGGGGCAGGACGUGAUCACGAAGGUUACUACUGGAUUCGAGGUCGUGUUGACGAUGUUGUCAAUGUCAGCGGUCACCGUCUCUCUACUGCUGAAAUCGAAGCUGCUUUGAUUGAACACCAUGCCGUUGCUGAAGCUGCCGUUGUUGGUAUCAACGAUGAGCUUACCGGACAAGCAGUCAACGCUUUCGUCGCUAUUAAGGACGGUCAUGAGGUCGACGACCAAUUGAAGAAAGAUCUCAUCUUACAAGUCCGAAAGAGUAUCGGUCCAUUCGCAGCUCCAAAGGCAGUAUUUGUCGUUCCAGAUUUACCAAAGACUAGAAGUGGUAAGAUUAUGCGUAGAAUUUUGAGAAAGAUUCUAGCGGGUGAAGAGGAUCAAUUGGGUGAUAUUUCUACGCUCUCCGACCCAAGUGUAGUCGAGAAAAUCAUCGAUACAGUUCACAGCGCAAGAAAGAAGUAG